CCCUUCCACAUGCACAUCAACCUGGAGCUGCUGGAGUGCGUGUACCUGGUGUCUGCCAUGCUGCUGGAGAUCCCCUACAUGGCGGCCCACGAGUUUGACGCCCGCCGCAGGAUGAUCAGCAAGCAGUUCCACCACCAGCUGAGGGUCGGCGAGAGGCAGCCCCUUCUGGGACCCCCAGAGAGCAUGCGUGAGCAUGUGGUCUCGGCCAGCAAGUCCAUGAAGAUGGGCGACUGGCGCACCUGCCACUCAUUCAUCAUCAACGAGAAGAUGAACAGCAAGGUUUGGGAUCUAUUCCCUGAGACGCAGUGCGUGCGAGAGAUGCUUGUCAGGAAGAUCCAGGAGGAGUCUCUGAGGACUUACCUGUUCACCUACAGCAGCGUUUACGACUCCAUCAGUAUGGAGACGCUGAAGGAGAUGUUUGAGCUGGAGCUGCCCACGGUGCACAGCAUCAUCAGCAAGAUGAUCAUCAACGAAGAGCUCAUGGCAUCCCUGGACCAGCCCACCCAGACGGUGGUGAUGCACCGCACAGAGCCCACCUCCCUGCAGAACAUGGCCCUGCAGCUGGCAGAGAAGCUGGGUGGCCUGGUGGAGAAUAACGAGCGCGUCUUUGACCUCAAGCAGGGCAUCUACGGUGGCUACUUCAACAGAGAUCAAAAAGGCUACCAGCAGAAGCAGGGUGGCUACAACAGAGACCAGAGAGGCAGUUACCAACAGAAGCAAGGCGGUUACAACCGAGACGGUCAGAGAGGCGGCUACCAACAGAAGCAAGGAGGUUACAACAGAGACGGCGGAGGUUACCAACAGAGGCAAGGCGGUUACAACCGAGACGGAGGCGGUUACCAACAGAGGCAAGGCGGUUACAACCGAGAUGGAAACAGAGGCGGUGGUGGCUACCAGGGGCAGAACAGGGGGGGCUAUCAGGGUGGUGGUGGUGGUUAUCAGGGUGGUGGUGGUGGUAGUGGUUAUCAGGGUGGUGGUGGUGGUGGUUAUCAGGGUGGUGGUGGUGGCUACCAGGGUGGUGGUGGCAGUGGCGGCUACAGGGGAGGCUACAAGGGGGGCUACCAGAACCAGGACAGGAGAGACUACUGAGCCAGAGGAGCCGCCCUCGGAACCUGGUCCAACAGAGCCAGCCAGUCUUCAUUCCAAAACAACAUUAUCUUGGGUUGUAUCACUUGACAUUGCAGCUCUACAACAUUGAUCAGCUUUCCCUCUACAUGACAGGCUUGAAAACCAUUGUACUUAUACAAGUCAGUUUCCCUAUAUAUGUAAACUUUGUAGUAUAAUAUCUGAAUUGCCUAUGUUUUUUGUCGAGUGUGAAUGUGUUUAGACUAAUGGUGUUGAAUAAUUGUGUGUGACAAGAUUAAUGCAUUUGCAGUGUGACAGGGGUUUUCUUUUGGCAGUGUAUCAGGGUCAGAGACAUGUCAAGUGAAGUAUUUUCAGUUGUAACCUCUGAA